AUGCAAAUAACUUAAUAAAAAAUCCAAAACCCUAAUUAAUAGUCAUCAUACUAACCUCGCUAGAGGAAUGACCUAACUCUAGAUCUGCCUAAUAGGAGAAUAACCCCAAAGUAAAUGAACAUUCUUGUAAAUAAUAUAAGAUCCUAGUGGAGUAUUAAAACACUUUAACUAUAGUUAAACAAUAAUUUAAUUGGGGAUAAAGGACUCUUUGAUUUAGUUUCUCUACUAAAUGUUUGGUAUUAUUUGGAAAAUAUCUCUCUGUUUCUUUCCUAGAAUAAUUUUACCAAAGAAGGAAUCAAAUAAAUCGCAUACAUCCAACAGUUUAGUAAACUAGAAAACUUAACUCUUGCCUUAAGUAAAAACAAGAUAGGCGAAGAAUUGGCAAUAAGUACAGCCUAAUUUAUAAAUAAGCAAUAAUCUUUGAAAUAAUUAAACCUUCAUCUCAAUGAAUGUGAUAUGGGAAAUUUUGGUGCUAUAUAAGUAUGCCAAUCAAUAAAAAACCUAACCAAACUUCAAUAACUUUCUAUUUAUAUGGACGAAAACUCCAUUACUGACAAUGGAGCUAUUAAUUCAGUGAAACUUAUAGCAAGCAACAAACAAAUCAAUUAAUUACAACUUGAGAUUUGUUGUAACAAAAUAAAAUAAAAUCACUUUAACAGUGCAAUUUAAUAUGAUUUAUACUAUAAUGUUAUCAGUUAGCAAAGUGCAUAAAAAAUUUUAGAAGUAAUAGGAGCAGAGAUGAAUCUUUAUUAUCUUAAACUAACUCUGUUUUUCUACAGUAACGCAUCCUACCAUAAAUUUAAGAAACAAGGAUAUGAAGCUCUUGAACCAGAUAUUAUCCAAAAAGAGUGGGAAAUAUAAAACAUAAUUGAUUAAAGACUAAAAAAUAUACCAAACAAACUCAUAAUUUAUUGA